UUUUUUUUUUUUUGAGAAAUCAAAAUGAUCGACAUUGUAAGACACUAUAACUGACUUUAAUAAUACUUCUUUUUCUUACUAAUAAAUUGUAAUAUGGUCUAUUAAAUUGUGUUAAUAUACAACAUCCAUAUCCCAAAAAGAAAAAUGAUGCAGUAAAUAAAAAAAUAAAAAAAAAAAAAAAGAGAGAAAAGUAUUAAAUAUGGUAACUUGUAAUAAAGAAAUUGUAACACUCAAUAAUUCUCAAAAUUGUGUGGAGGUCAAAUUACAACAUUAAAUAAUAAAAAAUAUAAAAUUAUUGAAUCAAUUCUUUUGGUUGAGUCGUCUGUAUCUCCUCCGGCCAUAUACUUAUGCAGGGAGUAACAAAAUGGAGAUAAUGAAGUGAAAACAAAUCUAAUAAAGUGAAAAGAGAGUUCAAUGGCAGAAUCAGUGGUUUCGUUUGCUGCAGAACACAUCAAAAAGCUGAUGGAAUCGGAUUUAUCUGAUGUGCAUAACGAAGCCAAGGCCGUGCAAGAGGAGCUAGCGAACAUUGCGAAAUUCCUCUGUGAUAACAAGGAACAAGCCAACAAGAACAAGUUUCUCUUAUGGUUACCAACCCUAAGAAAAUUGGCUUACGAUGCAGAGGAUGCGGUUGAUACUUACAUCUCUGAUGCUAAAUCUUUCAGCAAUCUAAGCCGUGGACUACUCAGGAAUUACAGAGCCCGCCAAGCCUCAAAACAGUUGAGCAGGCUGUGUAAGGAGAUGAAGGAGGUGUUGGCGGAGAUGGAAAAACAGCGUAAAAAUGGGUUUGAUGGAGACUCGGAGAAAGAAAAACAAAGGCAGACCGACAAGGAAAAACAAGAUCAGAUUGCGGACUCACCAGAGAAAGAAUUAGGGGACUCAUUAAGAGGCUUGGAAGAAAUUGAAGGGAGCAACAACGCCGAUGCGAGCACAGAUUCGGAUGAAGAUGUAAUGGGAUCAGAGGAAGAGGGGGAAGAGGAGUACACGACGGAUACUAAGGCAGCUGGAUCACAGCAGUCUAACAAGGGGCACCGCCAAGCCGACGAUGAAAUUGUGGUUGGCAUAGAGGAGGAUGUAGAAAGGCUGGUGAAAAUGUUAACAGCUCCGAAAGGAAAAGCCCCUCUUGAUGCGCUUGCUAUAGUAGGUAUGGGAGGUGCUGGAAAAACAACUCUUGCGAGGAACAUUUACAACGACCCAAGGGUCAAGAAGCAUUUCAAGUAUCAAGUGUGGGUGCCUCUUCCUCAGAGAUGGACAACCUCUGAGGUGGUAUCUACAAUUUCGAAUGAAAUACACAUGAAUAAGCUCCGGUUUGAGUGCCAGCAUCACAACCACGAGUCUGACCAUGAUCAUCGUCUAGUCCCAAGUUGCUUGAGAAUGAAAAAAUGUCUUGUUGUGUUGGACGAUGUAUGGGAUUGGGAAUCCCUCCAAAAUCUGAUUCCCAUGUUAAUAAAACGUGAGCACGAGAACCAUCAACAGACUUUCUGGGAUUUCUGUAAGAAUGAUUAUGAUAUAACCAAGAUUGUGAUCACUAGCCGAUACCAAUACCCGCUUGAACCCCCCAACACCUGCUUCUUCAAGAUAGAUGAGAUUCAGUGGUAUCUCCAUGAGGUACAACUCCUUAAUAAAGAUUACGGGUGGGAUCUAUUUAACAAGGUAUCUAGUAGUGACGAUGGUAAAGAGCUAGCACGAGAGUACAGCGGUUUAGCAACCGAGAUGUUAAGCAAGUGUGGAGGUCUACCGUUAGCCAUAGUGGCCUUAGGUAAGCUCCUUAAGACUAAGGACUCGAUCCAAGGUUGGGAAAGGGUGUUUUCACUAUUAGUAAGCAAAGAAGGUCCAAAUGAUUUAUACCUUCCUGUAAAUGACAUAUUGGCCUUAAGCUACCAUGAUCUGGAUUACCACCUGAAGCCGUGCUUUAUCUAUUUCGGCCUCUUCCCGGAAGAUUUCUUGAUCAAAGCCGGAACAUUGAUCAGGAUGUGGCUCGCUGAGGGGUUUGUACAAAAACAAUACAAGGAUAAUAAUGGUGUUAAUAAAUCUGAAGGUGAAGCAGCAAUAGGUCUCCUGCAGCAGCUAAUUAACCACACAAUGGUUCAAGUUGUUGGCAGGAAUUAUACUGGGAAAGUCAAGACUUUGCGAGUUCAUGAUAUCAUGAGGGAUCUUUGUAUCAAACAAGCCCGGGAGAUAGACUUUCUCACUGUAUGUUAUUAUGAGUCUGAUCAAAUAGCAAAGAUCAAUUCACGUCGAGCUGCUAUGAAUCUUAGCAAGUGCCCAAUUCUUCCGCUGGAGAAUUCACAUCUCAGAUCUCUCUUUCUACAUGAUUACGAAGGAGUUGGAAAACGUGGAAGUAAAGGGAAGCAGAAGGCAAUUACAUUGGACUUAGCGCUUGUGUGUGAGAAGUUUAAAUUGCUAAGAGUGUUAGAUAUCAAUGGAAUCAAAACCUCCGAUGGUAUGAUGCCAAAAGAAAUAGGCAACUUAUUUCAUUUGCGAUAUUUAAGAAUUCGGUCAACAAACAUAAGAGAACUACCUAGGACCAUUGGCAAGUUGCGCAAUUUAUUGACCUUAGACUAUUGGGAUGUUUCGGUUGAUAACUGUGGUAUAAGAUUGCCCAAUGUGUUGUGUAAGUUGAAAAAGCUAAGGCACUUGUAUCUGCCGAAUGAAGUGACUAAUAACACGAAGGAGAGCUUGAAGUUGCAUAUGAUCAAGGAUUUACAAACGUUGUGGGGUGUAAGAGGCGGAGAUUGGAUGACCAAAGAGAUGGAAAAAUUGAGCACCAAUAUUAACAAGUUGUACAUACAAGGGAUAUCAAAAGCUGAACAAAUGAAGUCGGUAUUAGAUUGCAACCUGAUAAAGAAAAAGGAUUCUAAUCUUUAUUCACUGGCUUUGAAUUGGUAUGGUUUUUCUUUCGAGGGUCUUGAAGCAUUGAAUUCAACUAAUAACAGUAAUUUGAUAAAAGUGAGAUUGAUGGGAAAAGCACCAGACACCUCAAAACCCCUUAAAUUUCCUUCUACGCUCAACAAAUUAGAGCUGUAUCACACUCAACUUCAACAAUCGGAGAGUAUGAAGGCUUUAGGGGAGCUUACGCACUUAAAGUUCCUAAGAUUAGCAAAGGAUUCCUUUAUAGGGAAGGAAUGGAAAGUUUUAACGGAAGAUUCAUUUCCGGAACUUGAAAAUCUCAAACUGUUUGAUUUGCUAAAGUUGGAGGAAUGGGAGGUGUCAAAGGAGUCGAUGAAAAAACUCAAGAAGUUGACAAUAUCCGGUUGCACCAGCCUAAAACGAAUGCCAGAAGGGUUGAAACCCUUUGAUAAGUUUGAGAGACUGAAGACUAAAAACAUGCCGGCUAAAUUCAUCGACGAUCUUCAGCCAAACGACAACACCAAGGCAAACAGUAUUGCUAGAGAACUCUACAGCACUAUCCUGAACAUCUUUAGUAUUGCAACUAGAACUUCACCUGUAUUGACAAGUAUUAUAUACGCGAUAUGUAUUAUUCUUUGUAUAUUUGUAGUUUGGUGGACAUGGUUCAAGGCAAGAUAGAUAAGUCAAGUAAAAGCAAGGCUUUGGCUUCAAAAACAGAACAGAAGCACGCCCGUGCUAUGAGGUCUGGUCCACCAGGAGGAGGAAGUUGGCAGAAACGAGCAUAAAACCAGGCCAGACACGAUGACCCUGCAGUGAGGGGUGGCAAGUCCUCCUUGAAGGCCAUUUUGGGCGAUGUUAAACUUGGCAAAUUUGUGCGAUUGAUUUGUAAUAACUAAUUCAUUUCAGCUUUACUUAACAAUGCAAUUUGAUGGGUUUUUUUUUCUAAUGCUUUGGUUUGGUUCCAACAGUAAUUCGGUGUUUUAUGCAUUUAUCUUUCAUUGCUUAUACAGUUAUAGUCCAUGAUAAGUUGUUUUUGUUCAUUAUCUAGUCUAGCUUGCAAGCUCCAAGCUUCCACAUUAAUCUUCAAUCAAAUGCCAAACACAAUAAUCAAUUUCAACCCUCAAGAUUCAGCUUGAUAUAGAGAAGUUUAACAAAUUCAACAUUUUUUAUGCGGACGCAAAAGGUGAUUACUUUCCUACACAAUACUCAUGUACAAGUUUGUUAAGUUUGCCUCAUUAUCCUAUAUAGCUUAUCCCCAAAUUUAUGCUCAAUUUCCAUAUUUUUUUUUUCACAAAUUUCUUACCUUGUCUCUCUAUUGUUUCUGUUGUAUCU